CAAGUGAUGCCUAGAAUGACAUAGCCACGCUGCACUGACGUAAUACAUGACAGGUGUCCUCGACCAUACAGUCAUAAAAUUGACAGUUGGGAUUCACAAUAUGUUUGCAAACUCCUUCCACAUUUGUCAAAAUCUUGCCACUACCAGCAGCCAGAGAAACACUUCAAUCCUUUUAAAGACCACGCGACUUCCAAAUCCAGUGCUAUUUUUUAUCGGCAUCUUUCUCGGGAACGUUAGAAUAUCAUAUGCCGAGCUGACCGAGAACCUGGGUUUAUUAUCCCAUAUCCACACUUGAGAAUCGACAACAUCCUGCGCUCGAAGCCAAACCCAUUACUAAUCUUUAUCUGAACCUGCAACGAUACGUUCUUGGAAAAAUAAACGCGAAUUUUGUGGUUGCUAACCUGACGCGCUAAGCAUUGACAUAAUUCGACCAAAAGCUUCUCAAUAACAACCAUUUGCUCCCUUAAAGCCCUAGCAAAUAAAACCAAGUCAUCAGCAAAGAAUAAAUGGGAUAUAUUUGGACCAUUCCUUACUAACUUAACUGGAUUCCAACUGCCUCCUCCGUUAACUUCCAUCAUAAUAGCCUGAACCAAUCUCUCCAUGCAUAAGAUGAACAGAUCGGGAGAGGAUUUCCCUGUCGAAUUCCCCUCGACAGAUGAGAAGUUUCAAUCAUGGACUCAUUCCGUAGAAUAUGUGUCGACUCUGAACUCACAUAAUGACAUGAGGAAAUUGAUAAAAAGGAGGAAGAUGGGCCUGAAGCAAACUAUAAGAAGCCUGGAUGCGUUUCCUCGUACGGAGGAACAUUUGUUGCAGAAGACGCAAUCGGGAGCACUUGUCUCGAUUGUUGGUUUAGUGAUAAUGGCCACGCUGUUUACUCACGAGCUUACGUAUUACCUAACAACAUACACCGUUCACGAGAUGUCUGUAGACUUCAAACGUGGAGAAACGCUUCCAAUUCACAUUAACAUGACAUUUCCUUCAUUGCCUUGUGAUGUUGCAAGUGUAGAUGCCAUUGACUUGUCAGGAAAGCACGAAGUGGAUCUUGAUACUAACAUAUGGAAACUUCGCCUGAACAGUCAUGGUCAUAUCAUUGGCACUGAAUAUUUGUCUGACCUUGUGGAAAAGCAGCAUACCACUCGCAAUCAUGAUGAUAAGGAGCAUCAUGAUGGUUCUGCUAAGAAGCCUCACAAAUUCAGUUUUGAUAAAGAUGCAGAAAAUAUGAUCAAUAAGGUGAAGAAAGCAUUAGAAAAUGGAGAGGGAUGCCGGGUUUAUGGGGUAUUAGAUGUCCAGAGGGUGGCAGGAAACUUUCACAUUUCAGUUCAUGCGUUAAACAUUUAUGUUGCUCAAAUGAUCUUUGGAGGAGCAACACAUGUCAAUGUGAGUCAUAUGAUUCAUGAUUUAUCAUUUGGGCCAAAAUAUCCAGGACUUCACAACCCACUUGAUGAUACAGUGCGGAUUUUGCAUGACACAAGUGGAACAUUCAAGUAUUAUAUAAAGAUAGUUCCUACUGAGUACAGAUAUAUCUCGAAGGAAGUUUUGCCAACAAAUCAAUUCUCUGUCUCCGAAUAUUUUUCACCGAUGAAUGAGUUUGAUAGGACAUGGCCAGCUGUUUACUUUUUGUAUGAUCUGUCACCAAUCACUGUAACAAUAAAAGAAGAGCGCCGGAGCUUUCUCCAUUUCACCACUCGACUCUCUGCAGUUCUGGGUGGUACAUUUGCAUUAACAGGAAUGCUAGAUCGUUGGAUGUAUAGACUUAUCAAAGCACUGACUACAACAAGCGCUAGGGGUGCGUUUCAGUAGAUUGGAAUUUGGAGUGCAAGAGAGCAACAUAAACUCACAUGUGCACCUCCUCAGAGGAAUCCCCAAUUUUGUGGAAACACUGCCUUCUGAACAUAGCCUGACCUUAGACACACACACACAUAUAUAUGUCUGUGACUUCAUAAUUAAUUCCAUGCAGCCUUGUUUGUUGUUUUCCCUUGCACUCAAGAUUUAGAUGCCCUAGGUGGUUUUCUCAUUUUUGUAAUGCUAUUUUUAUUCAAGCAAUGGGCAACUUAGGGCUUGCUAUUUUUGUAAUGCUAUUUAGAACCGAUCCAUAGGGGUUGGUUUUUGGACAGAAUUUCGAUUUUUAAACGAUACUCUUGAAGUGCUCUAUGUCUUGCAUAUAUUCAGACAUGAGUAGGAGCAAAUCAUAUUCCAAGAGGACAAGAUUUGCAGCUCUCAUGACUUUUCGAGUUUAUAAAGAACAAUAUUUGGGAGUG